UUACCGCUCGUCCUCACUAGGGUCGCGGGCUGCUGGAGCCUAUCCUAGCUAUCUUCGGGCGGGAAGUGGGGUACAUCCUGAACCGGUCGCCGGCCAAUCACAGGGCACAUAAAGACAAACAACCAUUCACACUCACAUUCACACCUAUGGGCAAUUUAGAGUCUUCAAUCAACCUACCACACAUGUUUUUGGGAUGUGGGAGGAAACUGGAGUGCCCGGAGAAAACCCACGCAGUCACGGGGAGAACAUGCAAACUCCACACAGGCGGGGCCGGGGAUUGAACCCGGGUCCUCAGAACUGUGAGGCAGAUGUGCUAAGCAGUCGUCCACCCUGCCGGCUAGUUUUACUUCAUUUUAGUUUAAAUAUAGGAAAUUUAUAUAAUCAUAAAAUGUAGUAAAAUAAAUGGUGAAAUAAAGUCAACUCCAUCAGCUCUCGAAGUGCAUGUAGUUUUACUUUAAUUUCAGUAAAACAAAAUAAAGUAACACUGUUAUAAUGAAUCAAAUAAGCUAACUUCAAAUCAAGGGGGAGUAGUUUUAAUUUUACAGUAAAAAAUAAAAUGGUAAAAUAAAGCCAGCUCUGUCAGUGGUUAAUCUGUGAGUAAAAAUUACAAAUAUAGUUGAGUAUUGUCGUAAAACACAACAUAUGUAUACUUUAUAGAGCAUAUUUUUAUGGCUCUGCAGUGGCUGAGACUCGCUCGCUUAAAACCCAGAAAUGCAGUGUUGCCGUUCAGCUGAGCUGAGUUGAGUGGGCGGGUAACAGUAUAAUAUAUGAAUAUACUGUAAUUACCAAAACUAAGCCACACUGUCGGUGAUUUCAAAUCCUGUCGUUUGCAAGCAGCUUUCAACAGACAAACCGCAUAGAUGUCAACCUUAAACCGUGUCGCAGACUCAUUUUGACCUAUGUUAUGCAUAAAACAGUAGAAAUAAAUGGAUUCUGAUGGGAGGGGAGCUUUAAAAUAAAUACCCCCCAUCCCAAAAAAAUAUUUAAAAAUUGUGAAAUGGAGCAAAAGAGAGCCAAAAUAAUGAAAAUCUAAUGUAUUUUUUAAAAAGUAAAAUUUACUGUAUUUUAGUUUCUAUGACCGUGAUGAAAUUGACUGUACAUUAGUGUGCAUGCAUUUGUGCGCGCAUGUGUUAUGUCUUGGGUGGGCUGACACUUCCUGCACACUGGCCGUCCAAAGUGGGCCGCCGCCGCCGCCGAGCACUUUGAACUUCCUGCUUUCAUUCACCUCCCUGUGGACUCGUGCCAAGCUGUCAUGGAAGACUUGAUUUCUCCUCAGUACAAACUGCAUUAAUACUUCUUUAAAAGGGGGAUGGUGCAAAUUGGGCCCAUCCAGGGGAAUUUGAUGUUGCUCCAGACCACAGUUAUGAGGGGGAGGGCCAGAAGGAGGCAAGGGAGGGGAUGUGAAGCUUAGAGGAAAUGGGUGGCGAGCACUCCUCCUAUGCCUCUACACAUUCCAAUUCUCCUUGAAAAGAGCACAGAAGGAGGAUAACAUCACCUCUCGGGACAAAACUCCAAAGCAUCGAGGCAAAGUGCAACCUCAGCCAUGGUGUACCUGCUCAUAUCCUUGACCGUGCUGCAUCUGCUCACCCUGUCCAUGCUCCUCGUGGCUACCCUAGAGAAGUCCUGGUGGGUAUGGGACAAUUCGGAAAUCAGCGACCUGUGGUAUAACUGUUUCCACGACAACGCCACUGAUACGUGGCUGUGCGCCGCCACCAAUGAGAGCGACUGGUUGCAGUCGGUGCAGGCCCUCAUGGUGCUGUCCGUGGUCUUCUCGUCGAUCUCCCUGCUCGUGUUUGUGGCUCAGCUCUUCACCAUGUCUAAAGGAGGUCUCUUCUACUUGACAGGACUCUGUCAGGCCUUUGCAGGUUUUACUGACUUCGCAGCGUGCCUCAUCUUCACCUUCCACAGAAAGGAGAUCCUGAACGACUCCAGAGAUCUAGGCAAAGGUCGCUUCGGUUAUUGCUUCAUCCUUGCGUGGCUGUGCGUCCCCCUCCUGCUUAUCAGCGGCGUCCUGUAUGGACACCUGAGAAAGAAAGAGUGAACAUGCUACUUUAACGUUGUGGAAAUCAAAAGGACUGAAAGGGCCAUGUUGUCGUUUCCUGUAAAAAUGUAUGAAAUUAAGAACAUAUCAACAAAAGGGCAAGCAGGGUGCACAUGAACAAAAAACACCAGUAUAUGAAUCAAUUGCUGUAUCUUGCAUUGAAUGAUUUGUCUAGCUUACUGCAGAGUGGGUUUGCUUAACUGAAUUGAAAAAAAAAAAAAUCCUUGACUCCUUAAAAGUUUCAAGAAUCAAAUAUUGUGAUUUUUUUUCCCCUAGUGUACCAGUAUAAAUGAGUAUUAAGGCCACGUUGGAAAGAAAAAAAAAGAGUAAAAGGUACACUAUGAGAAUGCUAUGGGAAUAAAGUUAUAGUCUCAUGGGGUAAAAAAAUAUCCAUCCAUCCAUCCAUUUUCUGAGCCGCUUCUCCUCACUAGGGUCGCGGGCGUGCUGGAGCCUAUCCCAGCUGUCAUCGGGCAGGAGGCGGGGUACACCCUGAACUGGUUGCCAGCCAAUCGCAGGGCACAUACAAACAAACAACCAUUCACACUCACAGUCAUGCCUACGGGCAACUUAGAGUCUCCAAUUAAUGCAUGUUUUUGGGAUGUGGGAGGAAACCGGAGUGCCCGGAGAAAACCCACGCAGGCACGGGGAGAACAUGCAAACUCCACACAGGCGGGGCCCGGGGAUUGAACCCGGGUCCUCAGAACUGUGAGGCUGACGCUCUAACCAGUCGUCCAGCGUGCUGC